AUGGCAUCAUCAAUAAGUUCUUGUUCUAUCAACGAAUGUAAACGUUCAUGUCGAGCAUUAUGUCUUUGUUGUCAACAGUAUUUAUGUCUUGAUCAUUUAAAUGAACAUGAUAAAAUAAUUAAUGCUCAACUUCCAUUAUUAACUGAUCAAAUUAAUUCACUUUAUAAUCAACUUAAUAAUGAGGUAGUCAUACAACCAUCUAAUCUUACAGAUCUAAAUCAAUGGCGUGAAAAUGCGCAUCAUACAAUUGAACAAUUCUAUGAAAGAAAACGUCAACAAUUCGACGAAUUAAUUCAGGGAAGAAGAAACAAUCAGAAAAAAGAAUUAAAUGAAAUGAAAAUGAAAUUUAAUGAAUUAAUUGAAAAACAAGAAGGAACAAAGGAAGAAAUUGAUUUUAUGAAAAAAUCUAUUGAAUUUAUUGAAAAAGAUGUGAAUGAUCUUCAUCAUAUUCAUAUUAAUAUUAAUCCUUUAGUUAUUAAUGAUAAUCUCAUUAGUAUUCCAAAUGAAACAACGAACAAUGACAAUCAUCUAACAACACAUCAAAAACGUUCGGUAACGUCUCCAGAUGAGUCUUCUACGAAAUCGAUGAAACUAUCACGAUGGAAAAUUGAACAACAAACUUCUGGCAUUACGGAUUCAAUGAGAAUAAAUGUAUUGAAUACAAUGAGUAGCUUAAUCGAUACAUAUGGAUCAUUGAAUAUGCAAAAAAUAAUCAAAGAUAUGAAAAAUUGGCUUAAUGAAACUUAUGGGAAACAGUGGAAUGUUGAAAUUAUUGACAAACAUCAAAAGCAAUCUUUUCAAAAUAUUCAUACGAAUGAAUAUUUAACAGUGAAAGAAACAAAACUUGAAUGGACGAUUGUCAUUUUUAAAGAAACAUCAUAA